GUAGGAAUGAAUUGAUAGCCAGAUACAUCAAACUUAGAACAGGGAAGACACGGACCAGGAAGCAGGUGUCUAGUCACAUACAGGUCUUAGCAAGAAAGAAAGUUCGAGAAAUUCAAGCCGCCAUUAAGGUGUCUAGUCACAUUCAGGUUCUUGCCAGAAGGAAAUCUCGUGAUUUUCAUUCCAAGCUGAAGGUAACAAGCAUGGAUCAGACAGCAAAGGACAAAGCACUCCAGCACAUGGCAGCAAUGUCAUCAGCUCAGAUAGUCUCAGCUACUGCUAUUCACAACAAGCUGGGCCUGCCAGGAAUUCCCCGUCCUACAUUUCCUGGGGCACCUGGGUUUUGGCCGGGCAUGAUUCAAACGGGGCAGCCUGGAUCCUCACAAGAUGUAAAGCCUUUCGUGCAGCAUGCCUAUCCUAUACAGCCAUCAGUCACAGCUCCCAUUUCAGGAUUUGAGCCUACGUCAGCUCCAGCUCCCUCAGUCCCUGCAUGGCAGGGCCGAUCGAUCGGUACGACCAAGCUCAGGCUGGUGGAGUUUUCGGCUUUCCUUGAACAGCAGAGGGAUCCCGAAUCAUACAAUAAACACCUCUUCGUACACAUUGGACACGCCAACCAUUCUUACAGUGACCCGCUGCUUGAAUCGGUGGACAUCCGUCAGAUUUAUGACAAAUUUCCUGAAAAGAAGGGCGGUCUAAAGGAACUGUUUGGGAAGGGGCCGCAAAACGCUUUCUUCCUCGUAAAAUUCUGGGCUGACUUAAACUGCAACAUUCAAGAUGACACAGGAGCCUUUUACGGAGUCACUAGUCAGUACGAGAGCUCAGAAAACAUGACAAUCACCUGUUCCACCAAAGUCUGCUCUUUUGGAAAGCAAGUAGUAGAAAAAGUAGAGACUGAAUAUGCAAGGUUUGAGAACGGCCGAUUCGUGUACAGAAUAAAUCGCUCUCCGAUGUGUGAAUAUAUGAUCAACUUCAUACACAAACUGAAGCAUUUACCAGAGAAAUACAUGAUGAACAGCGUCUUGGAAAAUUUUACAAUUUUAUUGGUUGUAACAAACAGGGAUACACAAGAAACCCUGCUCUGCAUGGCUUGUGUAUUUGAAGUGUCGAACAGCGAACAUGGAGCACAGCAUCAUAUCUACAGGCUUGUAAAGGACUGAGCAGUUAUUUAUAUAUACACUUCAUUUCACUUCUUUAUCAAAACACAGACUGUAAACCUCAACACUAAGUGGCAGUGCCUCUGGCCCAACUUUCACCCACAUUUUUCUAAAUCCUGUUUUAGUGAAGUCAUUUUUAAUGUGUUCAUAUAUAAUUGUAGCUGUGAAAUUCUGGUACAGUUGUAAAAAAUUAUUUCUAAAACUAAGUGUUCUUCAAAUUUGUAAACCACAGGUCUUUGGGAAGACUGUAUUUAAGAACCUAACGCCUCUGUCUGUGGAGGCCUAUUUUUAAUUCUGAUAGAAAAAUGUAUGACAGAGCAUUUGCCAUGGGGAAAAACUGACAGCAUUUAUAAGAAUUUAUUUUGGGUUUUUUUCCAACAUGAAAUACUUGUUUUACAAUGCAAGUGAAACUGAAAUGAAUCUUUAGCUAUAAAUGUAAAUGAGUACAAAAAGUUAAUAAUCUUUAUAGAAUUAUCUUUGUAACUAAUUAGGGUGGAAGAUAUGGACGAAUGUAAUUCACUAAAUUAUUUUUUAAAAUUAAACCUUUUUCUGUUUGAAACCAAAUGAAAAAUAUAGCCUU